GGGUCGAAAGCCAAACCAGGACAUCCGUGCGGAUCUCCGAGAGUUUGUGCUAAUGUCGUUGUUUGGUCUUCCUUCAUCACCGGCAACUUCGGACGGGACUUCGGCGCUGCGAAGCCCGUGUGGCUGGACGGCGCCAGGUUCGUCUUCCUUCGCAGGGACGUCGCGCUUCAGCCGAAGCGGGUGGUCGCUGCACACGCAUUCGUUGCGUCGAUUCCAGUCGGCAACGGAGCAGAGAAGUUCUUGGGCGCCUACCGGCUCUAUGUCGACGGCGUUGUCGUUGGCACGGGCCCUGGUCGUGGCACCCGCAGCUACUCAGAACCUGGGCAUCCAGAUUUCGAUACACUGGACGUAACAGAGCUCGUGCAAGAAUCGAAAAAGGGCCAGGUGACGCUGGCGCUGCAGUGCUUCAACGACAAGGGCGACAGCUCUGCCAAGGCAUUGGUCGAGAUGCACAUCAAAUACGAAGAUGGAUCGGAGCAGGUAGUUGGCACGGAUUCGACGUGGCUAGCUCUUAACGCGGACCCGCUCUUCAACCCGAUAGUUUCGUCGUCUUACCCUCUCAACAAUCAGGGGCCACAGGAAAACAUUGACGCCCGUCGCAGCCCGUCUGGUGAUGGUUGCAUGACCUGCUGGAGGUUGGCUGGGUUUGUUCCGACUGCGGCGUGGGAGCGCGCAAAGGAGCGAGACGCCUACUCCCCAGCGCUGAGUGCUAAAAUUGCACAGCCUGUCCGGGUAACCACAGGGUUCAAGCCAGCCAGCAUCAUUCAGGUUGGCCCAGGGCAUUGGUUUUUUGAUUUUGGCACAGAGCUGAUGGGUGGUAUUGAGCUUGAGUGGACGGGGGGCACCGCGUCUCUGAAUAUUCGAGCCAGCGAGGAGCUCGUGUCGAACACAUCUAUCAAGUUCCCAAUGCGAACAGGAAACCAAUUUGAGAUGAAUUGGGAAGGGGGCCCAGGAACUUCCUCGUUCGAACAGCACGAAUAUUGGCUCUUCCGCUACGGCGAGCUUAGAGUGAAGACUUCACUUUCCCAGUCGACCAGCGCUUGCGAUUGCAUUCCACAUUUGCAAGAUGAAGGUCAAGUAGCGUCUUUUCGUUGCCCUGAUGGCCAGACGAUCGACAAGGUAACCUUCGCUUCCUAUGGCACACCGACUGGCCAGUGUCAAGACAAGAAUGGGGCCAAUACCAUUGCAAUGAAUUCGACCUGCCAUGCGAAUUCCAGUCGGUCGGUGGUUGAAUCUCUCUGUUUGGGCAAGGGGUCCUGCAGCUUUGAAGCAAGCAGCGCGGUAUUCGGACACGACCCAUGCCACAAGACUCCCAAAGGUUUUGCAGGCGUUGUCGAGUGCUCUGGUGCUGCUGGGAUGGCUGUGGCCGGCGAUCCGCCUUUCAAGCUCACAGCUUGGGUUGUGAACUAUCCAUGGGUUGACUCGGACAGUGCGUUCAAUAGUUCGGACGACAUGCUGAAUAAAGUUUGGAAAUUGUGCCGGAACACUCUAAAGGUCACUUCUUUGGACACGACCACUGACUCAAAUACCAGAGAGCGUUUGCCGUACGAGGCUGAUGGCUACAUCACCGGGUCAUCUCGUUAUGUGUUUCAGCGCGAGUUCGCUUGGCAGCGUCACUCAACGCAGCACAACUUGAUGAAUCCUACAUGGCCAACGGAGUGGCGACAGACGAUCCCGUUGUUGGCCCAUGACGAUUUCAUGAAGACCGGUGAGGUUGUCAUCGCCCAGGAUCAUUGGGAGUUCUUGAAGUCUUCUUCCCAGGCCCAGUGCAUCAACACAUCAAGCGGUCUUCUUGAUUUCUCUCACUGUUCCAGGCCGAGUGGAGUGCGCGACAUUGUUGACUGGCCUCAAGUCAAGCGAGAUGGCUAUCAGAUGACUGAAGUCAACACUGUGAUUAAUGCUUUCGCUGUUGGUGCUCUACGUGCUCUGGCUGUACUCGCGAACGCGACGGGCAAGCUGGACGAGGCGGUCACUUUGCAGCACCGCGCCAGUGCUCUCAGUGAUGCGAUGGCAGACAAGCUCUUCGACAAUUCCACCGGCUUGUUUGUGGACGGCCAGGGCAGCGGCGCGGACCAUCAUUCAGCAUGGCAUGCCCAGGUAUUCCCGCUUUUCUUCGGUGCAGGCCUGGCAGAGCAAAACGAGCGCUUGCUGGCUUUCCUGAAAUCCAAGCGCAUGGCGGGGUCCGUCUACGGUGCGUUUGCCUUCCUCCUCGGCCUCUACCGCCGCUUUAGCGACGACCACGGCGCGCUCGCGCUGGACUUGCUGACGACCUGCGACGGCAACUCCUGGUGCGGUAUGCUCAGCGCGGGGGCCACCGCCGUGAUGGAGGCAUGGACCCGGGAGGAGAUCGGGGAAGCCCAACCUGUCCUGGUCGCACCCGUGGGCGUCAGCCCCCGCCACCGCCAUCGCGCAGGGGCUCAUGGGCGUCCGGGCCUUGGCGCCCGGCUACAGUCGGAGGUCCGGCCGCAGCCGGGCGCGCUCGCUUGGGCCGAGCUGAAGCUGCCUGUGCUGUCCGGCUUCAUCGAGGUGCGGGUGGAGCAGUCCGCCUCGGAGUUCGAGCUGACGCUCGUGGCGCCCGGGAACACCCAGGCCACGGCCUGCCUGCCCCGCCUCGGCGGCGCCAGCGCGGAGCUCGUCGUGGACGGCCGCCCGCGCAGCGGCCACGCGUCGGGCGACUUCCUCUGCGUGGCGGGCGUGGGCAGCGGCAGGCACACCAUCAUUCGCAGGGCGCGCGGUGCUCAGGGGCGGCCUAGUCAUCGACCCCCAGCAGGCCAUCCCCUUCCAUGACUGCCUCCCCGCCUCGCCCCAGGACGCCUGCAUGCGAGCCCGAAAGGCGAGGGUGACGUCACGGGAGGGGAUGGCUUGCCAGGGGCCAGCCAGGGCGCGCCCGAGGUGGUGAGGUCUUCGUGUGAGCGCAGUGAGCGCCUCUCGGGCACGGCGUGGGCGGGGCCUCGGCCGAGUUUCGUCGAGUUUCGCGGGGCAGGGGCGACCAACUCUUUGAACUCUCGGUCGGCAGCCGUCCUGGAACACCCCCUGGCCGCCUCAAUGGCCGGGCUCCUCCCUGCGCGCCGGGCGUCGGCAGUGGCGGGCGCGGCAUCGUGGACCGUCCGCAGGGCGGGCAGCGAGCCCUCCAUCUCAACAUUGAGGGGGGCAGGGAGUUGGAGGGGGAGGAGGAG